AUGAUUAAAUUCAUUUUUAUUUUAUUUUUAUUUAAAAACAUUUCUUCUUAUAAAAUCCUCGUAUUUUCACCAACAGUUAGUGCAAGUCAUAUGAUUUUAGAUGCGAGAGUAGCUGAUACUUUGGCUAAAGGAGGGCAUGAUGUUACACUCUUACAAAGUGAAUUUAACCUACCUUUUGGCAGUCUAAAAAAUAUUACAAAAUAUGCCAAAAUUAAACAAAUUAGAUCCCUUACCUCCACAAUUGAUGACCAGAUUUUUAAAGAUAUUUCUAAAAUGGCAUUUCAAACAAUUACUCCAAUUUUUAUUUUACGUGUAUUUAUUCCUUAUAUUAAGGAAGCAAAUAAAGAAUGUGAAAUGUUAAUUACUGAAAGGAAAGAAGAAAUAGAAAAAUUACGUUCUGAGAAUUUUGAUGUAAUUAUUACAGAACAACUUUUUCAUUGUGGUUCUGCUUUGGCACCUUUAUUAGACAUUAGAACACAUAUUUUGCUUGUAAGUCAGCCAAUCCCAGAGCAUACAGCUUCUGUUCUAGGCCUUCCAUAUCCAACUAGUUAUGUCCCAGGACUUACACUUAGUGGAUAUAGCGAUAAAAUGUCAAUUUCUGAAAGAUUUUUUAAUUUAUUUUUUCAAAUGGCAGGAUAUUACCUUUCUUUUGAAGUUUAUGAUUCUUUGACAUUAAUUAUGAGAAAACAUUUUGGUCCAAACUAUCCAGACAUUCGACAAAUAAUUAAAGAUUCUCCUCUAAUACUUGUAAAUGCUGAUGAAUUUGUAGACUUUCCUAGACCUUUAUUUUCAAAUAUUAUUUAUAUUGGAGGUAUUGGAAUGAAUGAGAAAAUUGAAGAAGAGUCUAAUCAACUUGAUGACCAACUAAAUUUUGAAAUGAAUAAAGGAAAGAAAGGUGUUGUCCUCUUCUCUUUUGGUACAUCAAUGAGCACCAACGAUUUACCUAAAAUAUUUAUUCAAAAUUUAUUCAAAACUUUUAAUGAAUUUUCUGAUUAUCAUUUUAUUGUUAAAGUGGAUAUAACAGAUAAUGUAUUUUUUAAAGUUUAA